AUGCCUCUGAUGCUCACAGUAACGCUCUCAUCGAUUGUGUCCUUGGUUGGGUUCCUGGGAGGAUUUCAGAGCAUCGAGCAACUGGAUGUCCUCGAGCCCGUGCUGAAGAAGAGCGCGAUCCUAAGAGGAUUGAUUCCUGGCUCCAAGUCUGAGCUGCAGGACUUGUGCAACUUCCUGGACGAGAAGGCUAUUCGCCUGACGCCGUUAUUGGACGAGAGUCGUUUCUCCUUUGACAUCGCCAAGGAUGCCCUCAAUUACCCUUACGGUGGCAAGCACAUGGCCAAGGUCGUGCUCACGAUCUAUUAUCGUCUGAAUCCUCAUACUUCUCAUACACGAAUACUUUCCCACAAAACAGACAUUAUCUUCCGGUUCGAAAAGGCGACCAUGCGCAACUCAACUGUGCAGGAGAGUUUUGGGCGUAAAGCUUUAGCAGUCCUCUACAGGGGAAUGUCAGUGUUGGUUAAUACAGCCAGCCACAGCGUGUGA